CCGAGCGCGGUCACUGACAGUCGGCCAGGGAGACCACUGUCGGUUGUUGCUGCAGUCUGCCUCGUCGGCGUCGCAAGCGUGACCGGCUGCGUGUGCGGGGAAACCUCCGGGUCUGCAAUUUCGGUGUUUUGAAGAUUGCCGCACCCGAAUCUCGUAUUCUCUUUCCGAGUCAGUGGGCUGGGAGGCAAAUUUUAAAUGGCCAUCAGCAGUCCCCUCAGUGGCUCUCUCGUACUGCUUCUGAGGAAUUUAGGAUGCCACAGUCUGUCAUUGUGAUCAGCCCGUAGUCUGGCACUUUUCCCUUGUGCAGGUGGAGUUUUGGUUCCAAUUUUACACGUUCCGAACGACCUCGCUCGUGCUCUGACAUUCUGGACUCUUUGCUGUUGAGACGGUUGGAUCGGUGAAGUCAUUUUUCCUUUAGUGUUUCUGGACGGUGUGGUCUUGCUUCUUUUGAGUCUGGUGGCAGGUGCCAGGGCGUCCAUUUUGGUUGCCUUUUUCUGAUUACGGUUGUGCUUUGCAAAUUCCUCUCUGGAAGUUUGUUUGGACGAUUUUGCCGACAAUUUUUGUGCUCAUUGUUGUGAAGUUGGGAUCGCUCAUGUCAUCGAGGUCAGAUUCCUGAUACUACGGUGGUCUCUGCGCUCACGGUCUAUGAUCUCCUAAAUGCCGAGCUCGAAGUAGCACCCGGAUGUUUUGGAAUCCUGGUUUAUCUGUACUGACCUCCCUGAGUUUGUGCGGCGCAAGGUGUGAACAGAACAUUGCUGUUAAUUUGAUUCAAGUUUGUGCCGGGCAAAUUCACUCGUUAUACGCCCCAUUUUUGGGAUGCGCGCAAAUUGUCGUGCGUACAGUCAGUUAUGAUUCCGAGAGAUAUUGAAGAAACGAGCUGUUUUUCGCCAUAAACACUUCACCCGAUCAGAGCCCUGAACCUCCCACAGUCUCUUCCCUCACGCUUCUAUCCGAGUCUUUUUAGCAAGGUCCAAUUGUGCUCUCCAUCAUCAUCGUGCUUCGUCGAUCUGUGCGUAAAGUCUUGAGCUAUACCUCGCAACGGAACCUUAGAACCUUACCCGUCCUGUUCUCGUGAACGUUUUCUGUGGGGCGCUUCACUCUUAUUGUGGCGAUUCUUCGGCUGGGCUGAUUGCUAGUCGUUCUCGGUUUUUCUGUGGGGAAAAAGAGGAGGACAGCUUCUUCACAUUCAUACUCGUCUUUGCAUUUUCGAAUUUACGUCGUGGAAGCCAGGACUUGCUCGGAUGCCUUAGGCUGCCAAAGGCUCGCCAUCGUGUUCACAGAGCCUGAACACGAAUUUUGUACAUCACACAAAGAUGGCGUACCUACAUACCAAACCAUCCGUCGUCGGGCUGUCAUUCCGGGAUGCGCAUAUGGUGAAAAACAGGAUCAAUGAAUAUGAAACACAAAAGUUAUCCCACUGGGUGAAAGAUCAUGGCCUGGCUAAAAUGAGAGGAGAGUUUUUGGAGCGGGCCGAUAACAAUGCUCUUGCUCGAAAGGAGGCGGCACAUGAAACUGCGGAAAUAAAAAAUGAGAUGUUGGACAGGCGUGCUCAAGAGAGAAAGCAUGCCAUCCUGAAAAGGGAAGACGAUGAGCAGUUAGCCAAUUUUCUUGAAGAAGAGAAAAGACAGCUUCAAAGAGAUAAGCUUAUCUUGGAGGCCAUGAAAGAGAAAUCACCAGAAAUACGGCUGCUGAAGAGAUACCUGGAGAUAGCUAAGAUGAAUAAGGAGCGAUAUACUCAGAGUCAAGAAAAAGAGUUCUUUGAAAUGAAGGAAGCGGAAAGAAACGCCGUUUUCCAUGAUCUCCUCAUGGAAACCUACAAUAAGCUUUCAAGAAAGGAGCAGGAAAGGUUGGACAAGAUAGCGGAAGAUAAGAUUGAGACAAAACGCAGAUUAGAUAUACAAAUGAAAGAGAAAGUGUGGGCUGCCGAGAAGGCUGCUAGAGAGAAGCAACACGAUGCAGAUGUGGUGCAAAUGGUACAUGAGAAGGAGCUGAGGCAGGAAGCACAGGAGCAAAAGAUCAGGAGGGAUAACGUGCGCAUGUUACAAGACUACAUCAAGCAGUACCUGAUGGAGAAGGAAGAGCUCGACAGAGAGAACGAAUUGCGGAGGCAAAGAGAAGAUCAAGACAUCCUCGAUCAUCAAGCUAGAGUGGAGGCGCGGAUGAAAGAACAGGAAGAGAAAGCGAGAAUUCAGAAAGCAUUUAAAGACAAGAUUUAUGGAAUGCUUAUGGAAGGACAAGAAGAUGCGUUGCGUGAGAGGGAUGAAAUGGAACAGGCGCUUAAUGACCUCUAUUUCGAGCAAGCAGAGGAAGAGUAUCGGAAAAAGGCUGAAGCACUGCGCAUCCACAGAGAACACAUGAAAGCUAACAUGAGGGCGGCAAGUGAUCAAUAUUGGGCUCUGAAGAAACAUCGAUAUGAGCAAAUGAAGUUAGAAAAAGCAGAAUGGGCAAAGAAGAUGAUGGAGCAAGUCAUGGAGAUGAACCGGUUCGAUCAGAUGAGUGCAUACAAGCAGAGAAUGAAGAAGGUCGAGUACAGGCGCCAGAUUGACGCACAGUGGGAGGAGAUGCAGUAUCUGCUCGCAAAGGAGGCGGCCGAAGAAAAAGCCAAGAGAAAGAAGGAGAAAGCUGAGUAUGCUUUACAAGAGGCAUUGCUGGAGCAAGAGCGGCAGAAGAUAUUGAAGGACUGCGCUGAGGAGCUUGCAAGGUUCUUCCCCAAGGGCGUAUGUAGAAAUCAGGAUGACCUACGAAUGGUAGGCCUUCCUGCCAAAGAUAGACCCGUGAUGAAGGAGCCUAUACCUCAUAGGCUCCCUACGCUUUAGAAAAAGCGUUCACUCCGUGAGAUACUGGAAAGUUGAAUUUUUCAACGAUCAUUGAAACACUGUCAAGUUCGGCCAAGAGCUAGCGUUUGUUGAGUGUUACAUUCUUGUCCCAGUUUUGAUACACAAUAAAGUCAGUGCUGCACG